AUGGUGCUGCUCAUCAUUCUGGCCCUCCAGGACGAACACCACUUGAAGCGGCAAAUCGGCACCGGGGCGGCAAUCGCAAACAGCUUCGGCGAACUCGCCCCGACCUCACCAAGACCCAUGGACAGUUCCGGUGGUGCAGCUUCGCAAGGCGUGCAUCUCAGUGCCUCAGCCGGCGGAAGCAAGAAAGCUAUACGUAUAAAUAUGGAAGUUUUGAUAUAAUUUGUGGUAUCUUCGCUGUUUGUGUAGCUUGCUCCCUAAAAAUGUGAUGAAACAAGUGCAGAAUCGGCCACGCAACACAAUACAACAUCCCCGCGGCCAUGGACAACCGCACUACUAGUUGUCCUUGUCUUGAUCUUUUUUGCAUUCCUCCUCAGGUCCUUCCGCCCUUCUCCAGGAGUACAGGGAAAAGUUCCUGAAAUACCCCACCACCACCACCUCCGCCGAGCACGAACACGGGCAAACGACCUUUUUCAACGAGCACAUUGUGCUCGGGCAGUUUCUGGCGUUCGUCGUUCUUGGUGUGUACUGCGAAGAGCAACGGGCGUAUUUGUUAGGCGUCUCCCAGUGGCACGUCUUCGACUUCGUCACCGCGGAGGCGCUGGGCAGCUACCACUCCUUGAACUUCGGAAUUGACGACGGUCGCAGUGCGGUCGAGGCCAGACCUCUCAGCUCCUCGGCCGCAAACGCAAACUCGCUCUUCGGAGCGGGCGCGAGGGGACAGGUACUCGUUGGUCGUUACAAAUCAAAUUUACUACCCAAGAAGAACAAGAACACGCACGAAAUGCACAAGCAUGCGACUUGGACUUGUUGUACUGAAUGAAAAUAGAAUGGUGUCGUGAUUGAUUUGUCUCGCAUGGUCGUUGCCAACAUGAUGAGAACGAAAUCAUACUAAACAGCUUCCCGGUUUCGACUCCAUAACGGGCCGCCCCCUGUACGGAACAAAAUACGACCGCGAUCUGUCCGCCGCCACCGCGACCGCCCAGGGCGAGAGCCUGUACCGGUACGGGGCUGCACCGUUCAAUAACAUGCUGAGUCAGCAGUACCCCAUGACGUCCUCCAGCCUGAAUUUCUCCACGACGAUGGGCAUCAAAAACCUGUCCAAGCACGGCUUCCCGGAAAUCGUCCACUCGACGACGUGCGUAGCGGUUCUGAAGGACGUACUGAUUCGCGCGCUCUCGCCGAAGCACUGGACUGUGAUCAAAACCUACGAAGCGCAAACGCAAAGGAAGGAAAAGGAGCACUUGCAACGUACUAAACGGGUUGAUGUGUUUUUUCUUUUGAGUUUUCCCUUGAAAUCUGUUUCUAUCUUCGUAGUUCUGUGUGUCUCUACUGCGCAGGUUGAAAUUUGAAUUUUUUGACUCCUAGUUUUCUACUUGUUGAUCUGAACCGCUUGAUGUGCUCUCCCUUCAACCACAGGCGCCGCAGCCAC